GCUCCUCCCCCUCCGGUCCCAGGUGACGCAGCACCUGUGCAGGUGAACAACAACUGUGUGUCUGAGUGUGUGAGCCGCUGCAGGAUGAAAACAGCCCAAACUGUCCAAAACCACCGACAUCAGUGAUGGACGACGGGAUGAAGAUUCAGCUGGUGAGCGCCAUCCACCUGCAGGAGGUGGAACUGCAGGAGAAGCCUGCAGACAAGCAGCAGGGCAGCGACAAGGCUGAUCAGACGUUUACGGUUGAAGACGCCGUAGAAACGAUCGGUUUUGGACGUUUUCACAUCCUGCUGUUUGUCAUCAUGGGCAGUUCUAAUAUUGUGGAGGCGAUGGAGAUCAUGCUCUUGGCCGUCGUGUCUCCAGAGAUUCGCUGUGAGUGGCGUCUGGAUGAUUGGCAGGUCGCUCUGGUCUCCACGAUGGUGUUUCUGGGCUUCAUGGUGUGUGGAGUUCUGGGAGGAUACGUAGCCGACAGAUAUGGACGCUGGAAGGUUGUGUUUGGAGGCUUCAUCUGGAGCGCCUACUUCUCUCUCCUCACGUCGUUUGCUCCGUCCUACGGUUGGUUCAUCUUCCUUCGUAGCAUGGUUGGUUGUGGUGUCGCUGGAGUGUCGCAGGGGUUCGUGUUGAAGACGGAGUUCAUCCCGGCGAAGCAUCGAGCGUUUUUGCUGCCGCUGGCGACGAUCUUCUGGAUGACUGGCUCCAUGCUGAUCAUCAUCUUGGGGAUGUUGGUGGUUCCAACUCUGGGAUGGAGGUGGAUGAUCCGGAUCUCCGUCACUCCGAGUGUCGUCCUCAUCUUCCUCUUCAAGUUUAUUCCGGAGUCGGCUCGCUACAACGUCUCGGCCGGAAAUGUUGACGCUGCCGUUCAGACGCUGCAGCGAAUCGCCAGAAUGAACCGAUCGUCUCUUCCUCCUGGACGCCUGGUGGAACCUGCAGUGACGGAACGAGGCAGCUGGAGGACUCUGCUCAACUCGUCCUUCAGGAGAACGUCCAUCCUGCUCUGGUACUCCUGGUUUGUGGCCUCCUUCUCCUACUACGGUUCAGUUCUGAGCAGUUCUGAGUUGCUGGAGAAGAACCUGCUCUGUGUGACGAAUCCGGACCGAGAACAUCAGGUGAAGCACCGCCAUGAGGAUGGACUGUGUUACUGCAUCCCCUUCGCCUUCGAUGACUACCAGACGCUGCUCAUCAGCUGCCUGGGGGAGAUCGCAUUGGUUCCUUUAAACAUCGGUUUACUCAACAUCUUUGGACGGAAGAUGUCUCUGACAGUUCUGCAGCUGAUAGCGGCCAUUUUCUUCAUGCUGAUCAACAUCUGCACGACCAUGUUUGGCUUCACAGUUCUGCUGUUCCUGCUGCGAUCUCUGGUCUCCAUGAACUUUAAUGUGGUUUAUAUUUACACAGCUGAGGUGUAUCCCACCUCAGCCCGAUCUCUGGGGAUGGGUUUCUGUACGUCGUUCAGUCGGAUCGGAGGAAUGAUCGCUCCGUUCAUCGCUCAGGUGCUGAUGUCUCGGUCGGUGUUUCUGGCACUCAGUCCCUUCUCGGUUGCCUGUCUUCUCUGCGCUCUGGGAAACUUCCUGCUGCCGAUUGAAACUCGAGGUCGAGCUCUGCUGCAAAGCUCCUGAUGAAGUUGCUGAACAUCAAACCGCUGCUGUUUGUCAUUUUAUCUGUUACAUGUAAAUAUAUUAAACAUGUCGUUGAACUGGGUGGUUCCUGUGACUUCAUUAGAGGAGAUAAAGACUCGUAACAGAACAAAAGGAAUUAUAGAAUUUUUAAUAACAGAUCUCCUGAAUCCUACAAACUGCACUUUACAAUAACAGACUCGAGUUCUCUGCUCAGGAAUUUAACUGUGAUUCUUUUAUUUUAUUUAUUUUUAUUUACACUACUUCUCUUUAAAAUAAAUUCCAUCUUGAGCCAAAGUACCACAAAAUAACACCCAGAAACUGUAAAAACAGAAGAAAUAAUCAACUUUCAGAUGAUAUUUUUUUAUACCACUCAUCUGUUCUGCUGGGAAAAUGAACUAAAUCUCAUCAAAAUCAGUUCUUAAUUAAAAAUUCACCAAACAUAACAAGCUUACAUCAGCAAUAAUUUAUGAAAAUAAAAAAAUUCUGCUGUCCUCCAUUCAGCAGUGAAAUCAUUAGUGACUCAGCUGUGACAAACGGUUACAUGGUAAAAAUUCAGGGAGUUUUUACCAAACUGAACUGCGGGCAGAGUUUUAUAUAGAACGGAGAGAAAACUAAUAAAAAUGUGAGAAAUAUGUAGAACCAGCAUUUUUUUCUGAUUAUUUUGUA